AUGGCCAGCCGGCCAGAGUCUUUGGCCAGCGCCUCGCUCCAGUGGGUGCCCCAGCUGGAUCGGGAAGCAGAGAAACAGGCGCGAAGGUCCCAGGACGCGCCGGGGACAAAGGACAGUUGUCUCUUCAGGCGCACUGCUAGCGAGGCUCCGCCCCCCCAGCAACGCGCGCGCGUGCUUCAGUUUCCCCAGUGGUCCUGGAGGACUGAGUCCUCGGACCCCCUCCCCUGCACGGGUAGCCCGAAGACCUCAGUUUCCCCGCCGGUCCCCGCCCCUGGCCGGGCGCCCCCCUCACCCUGGGGGCGGAGCCGCGUCACGUGCCGGGAAGAAAGGCCCGGCGGCGCGCUGAACGCGGGAGGCACGGCCAUGGCAGGGGGCGGUGGCGGCCCGGGGGGCGCGCUCACCAGGCGCGCAGUCACGCUGCGGGUGCUGCUCAAAGACGCGCUGCUGGAGCCGGGCUCCGGGGUGCUCUCCAUCUACUACCUGGGGAAGAAGUUCGUGGGGGACCUGCAGCCAGAUGGCAGGAUCGUCUGGCAGGAGACAGGGCAGGUGUUCAACUCACCCAGCGCCUGGGCCACCCACUGCAAGAAGCUGGUGAACCCAGCCAAGAAGUCAGGCUGCGGCUGGGCCUCCGUCAAGUACAAGGGCCAGAAACUGGACAAGUACAAAGCUGCCUGGCUCCGGCGGCACCAGCUCCACGUGCCCGCAGCUGCCGCUGAUGAGAGCCCAGCCAGCGAAGGGGAGGAGGAGGAGCUGCUAAUGGAAGAAGAGGAAGAGGAGAUUCCCGUGGGGGUCUCAGCAGAAGACAAGAGCCGGAGACCACCAGGGAAAGACCCCUCGGAGCCUGCCCACCAGGAGGCCACGCCCCCAGGGAAGCACGUGGAAAACAAGGUCCGGGUACCUGUUCGCUAUUGCAUGCUGGGCAGUCGGGAUUCUGCAAGGAGCCCGCACACCCUGGUGGAAGUGACGUCCUUCGCAGCCAUCAACAAGUUCCAGCCGUUCAACGUGACCAUUUCCAGCAACGUGCUGUUACUGCUGGACUUCCACAGCCACCUGACUCGGAGUGAAGUCGUGGGCUACCUGGGGGGCCGCUGGGACAUCAACAGCCAGAUGCUCACUGUGCUGAGAGCCUUCCCCUGUCGGAGCCGGCUUGGCGACGCAGACACGGCGGCCACCAUUGAAGAGGAGGUCUACCAGAGCCUAUUUCUGCGGGGCCUGUCUCUGGUGGGCUGGUACCACAGUCACCCACACAGCCCAGCACUGCCCUCGCUGCAGGACAUUGACGCGCAGAUGGACUACCAGCUGCGCCUGCAGGGCUCCAGUAACGGCUUCCAGCCCUGCCUGGCCCUGCUCUGCUCGCCUUACUACUCCGGCAACCCGGGCCCCGAGUCCAAGAUCUUGCCCUUCUGGGUGAUGCCGCCCCCUGAGCAACGGCCGGGUGACUACGGCAUCCCCAUGGACGUGGAGAUGGUUUACGUGCAGGACAGCUUCCUGACUAAUGACAUCCUGCAGGAGAUGAUGUUGCUGGUGGAGUUCUACAAGGGCGCCCCCGACCUCGUGAGGUUCCAGGAACCCUGGAGCCAGGAGCACACCUACCUGGACAAGCUGAAGAUCUCCCUGGCCAGCCGGACGCCCAAGGACCCGGGCCUGUGCCACGUACUGGAUCAGGUUUACAGCGUCCUCAAGCAGGGCAGCUGAGGGCGGUGGCCUGGAGGGGCGCGGCUGGGAGGCCCCUGGUCCCCGGGCUUCGCCUGUGGCGGUCCCAUUCCUGCAUGACUCAGUUGUGCAGAGGGAGAGGCUCAGAUAAUAAAGA